CGACGACGACCACCACCACCCCCUUCUUUCCGCCGCCUUCACCUCCACCGCCCCCGCCGGCCCUCCAAGAUGAAGCGUGCUCGAAGCCCCGAUGCGCCCCCCAAGAGGGCCGAUAUGGGCGCUCCCAUGCGCCAUUCCAGCAUGACUGGCUCAUAUCGCAAGGUGCCCCCUAUGCUGGUCUACACUUCGCCCGCCGCCAGCACCGCUCCUCCUUUUGGCGGCGGCGGACAGCGUCCAGCGACCACCUUGCCGCUCAACUUGGUCGCGCACAUUGUCUCGUACCUGGACGACGUGGGGGAUAUCGCAAGAGUCACGCGGUCUUGCAGAUUGUUGUAUUACAUGACUCUGCCGCAGCUGUACCGGCGUGUUACUCUGCAUUCGUACGGGGAGAUGCGCUAUGUCAACGGGCGACCGGAGGGUUUUGGGAGCGGAAGCCCCUUCAUGAUGGGAUUGAAUGGGCUGACAACAAGAGGGCAUGCUGCUUUGGUGGAGGAAUUCCGGCUAUGGGGCAAAUGGCAGGAGACGGGCGUGGAAGACUUUGCAAAGGGCAGAAUUCCUGACAGUUCGAUGAUGCUGAACAUUAUCCUUCGCGCUGCGACAGAUAAGAUGACGAAGCUGAAGUCUUUCUGCUGGGAGCUGGAAUGCAAGCCGCUCAAGACCUUAUACCUAGGGCUGGCCUCACACACCAAUCUCACCAGUCUCACUCUGAAGUUCCCCUCGGUGCGAGUUCCGCGGCCAUCUGUGCUCGUCCCAGCCAUGACGAAUCUGCGAGUGUUCAAGGCUCUCGAUAUCGAUCCUCUAUGUUAUCCGGAUGACAUCAGCCUGCUCAUGCUCCAGAGCAAGAAGCUGGAGGAUGUGCGCUUGCACUUCUCCCCACGAAUGCGAGCUGAGGCGGAGUCCAUCAUAAAUUUCAAUACCUACUUUGGACGAUGCCACAAAGCCAAUUAUCGGCUGAAUAUCAAGCACUUCGCGUUACAGAACUGGUUUGGACCUAAUGUGCUUGGUCUAGAUGCGAUUUUCGACCCGGAUGUUUGCAAGAGCGUCACCUUUCUGGACUCGUUCGUUGGAAACGAUCCCCGGACCGUCUUUGUAGACGACACAUGGAAGGAUGUUCCACCAGAUUUGGCGGUAACAUUCGAACGUGUGCGAUGCAACGAAUUGUCCCUACAGCACAUCAAGGUUAUACAGAACGCCAAAGUUGGCCUGAAAUAUGUGUACUUGCCGAGCAACGCGCACCGCCAGCGAACGGGCUUCACGCCCUCUUCGAACGGGAACUCUGCGAGUCCGCAUACGCCUAGCGUCGAGACGACACCGCUCACGCCUUACGAUCCGUUGAAAGACGCGGAUUGGGUGGCAUUGGGGAAAGAGUAUCUCCAUGUUCUUGGACGAAAGCACGGGGCUACGCUGAAGCACUUGCUCCUCAGUGACUCAUGGGCAGUCACGCAAGAGGAUUUCGCGGAUCUCAUCAGCCAUUGUCCGCAGCUCGAGCAAUUGGGAAUCGCAGUGGAUAGUGCUGAUCACACUGCGUUUCGCCUUCUGACGCCCUCGUUGGUCAACCUACGGUGCUUGCGCAUACUCGAUAAUGAAUAUCUCCGGCAACACUUUGCUCAAUGGACACACGAGCAAAGAAUGUGGGUGAUGAGCCGAGAAAUGGGCAAGCGUCCUCCACGGCACUUGGAAUUCAUCUGCUUAGCGGACUUUUGCUACAAGAUUGGUGGACCCACGGAGAUCUUGCUCGAAGACGGAUCGGUCGAAGCGGGUCGGGAAAUCACCUUGGUUGACAAGAGCGAGGCCAUGAAGUACGAGAUUUGGCACUUGGACGUUGUGGAUCUCACAGUGGACCCGAUCGCGCCUUUCACGAAGUGAAGCUUGGCUGCAGAAGCUGCUGCUUUACGCAGCUCUUUCUGGCAAAUCACUAGUACUCGCAACCACGCUACUCAAUCACAGCAGCUUGCUCGGUAUCUGGGAACAGCUUCGACCAUCUGCUAUGGAGGACCCUGCCAUCUUUGAUCACAGCGAGCAAGUGCUUCUGCGGCCUCGCCAGGACCUCCACGUCCUCGAGCGGGUUUGCGUUCAAGAUGAUCAGAUCGGCAAUGUAUCCUUCCUUGAUCCGCCCCAGCUUGUCGUCCUGGCGCAGCAUGCGUGCGGCAUUGACGGUCGCGCUCUGGAUGAUCUUGAGAUUUGACAGACCCGCCUGCUUUCGGAGGGAGAACUCGCUGGCCUGCAUGACUUCGAGCGGUCCAAGGAGGUCGGUUCCAUAGCACAUGGUCACACCGGCCUUGUCGGCGAUUUGGAUGCUGCGCAGACCCGCUUCCAAGACCUGCAAGUUCUUGGUAGCAAUCGAUGGCGGUAGGAAAGUCCCGAACUCCUUACUGGCCAUGGUCUGAUAUGUGAUCUAACAACUGAUCAGCGGUCUGACGACAUGGUUCAAAGGCAAUCGACUUACCAGGGUGGGAGUUAAGAACACGUUGUGCUUGGCCAUCAACUCGGCUGUUGGUUCGUCAAUCAGAUUGCCGUGCUCGAUGCCCAGCACACCGUUCUCGACAGCAUUGCGGAUGGCGGCUGGAGUGUAGGCGUGCGCAGUCACCCAUGUCCCCGAAUCGCUGGCGACUUUGGUGAAGGCUCGAAUCUCUUCGGGGGUAUACUGGAGAUUAGUGAGCUUAUCCGUCGGCGAUACCACUCCUCCCGACAGCAUCACUUUCAAGAAAUCGGCGCCCUGUCGUAACUCUUCGCGUGCGGCGUGCAGACACUGCUCGACACCAUCUGCGAUCCUGCCCAGACCUCGCGUGUUGCCCCCACAACACGCAUACUCAUCGUCCUUGGAAGAGCGCAUAUCUCCAUGCCCACCCGUCUGCGAAAUGCCAUGUCCGGCAAUGAACAGCCUCGGCCCUGGAUACAGACCUUCGGCGAGGGCUUCCUUGACGGCCAAGCCCGCGCCACCACAAUCACGGAUCGUGGUGAAACCGCGCUUCAGAAUUUCGCGAGCGAGAUAUGGCUGACGAAGCAAGGCGGUAUCGGGGUGUUGAUUCAUCGUAUCCUUGAGGCCAUCCUCUCCCGGCGGAGUGGCCAAGUGUACAUGACAGUCGAUGAGACCGGGUAAUAGAAAUCUCCCUUCCAGAUUAAUCAUGGUCAUUUGUUCAUUAUUCGUCCAUUUGAACACUUCGUCGUGGGGACCGGUCGGGCCCGAAUCCAGUUUCGUCAUGCGAUGAAUGAUGCCGUCUUUGAUGUCGAUGGUGACGUGUUCGUGGAGAGAACCAUCUUUGGGAUCGAUCAAUUUCGCAUCAAUAAGUCGAUAUCGUUUUCGAGGUAUGCUUGUCGUCCAGGGUUUGAGGGGAGGCGCUGGAAGAGAAGGAGGAGGAGGAGUCAUUGUCGCGUUGUUGUUGUUGGUAUCCGCCUGUGGAGGUAUUAGUGGAUGUACACCUCUGAUGACGAUAGUGAGGUGGUCGU